CAAAGCUGUUGCAGACUAUCUUUCAUCCAGUGGAUAUAUGGAAGCUUUAGAGUGUUUGAAAAGAGAAGCAGAUAUGCUUGGAGAAAUAGAUAAGAAGUAUGUUGGACUUCUAGAAAAGAAAUGGACAUCAGUCAUCAGAUUACAAAAGAAGGUUAUGGAUUUGGAAGCAAAGCUUGCUGAAGCUGAAAAAGAAUACAUAGCUGGUGCUCCCACCCGAGAAAAAAGAUCCCCUUUGGAAUGGAUACCUCGUCCCCCUGAGAGGUACACCCUUUCGGGACACCGAGCUCCAGUGACCAGAGUAAUUUUUCACCCUGUAUUUAGUCUUCUGGUGUCUUCCAGUGAGGAUGCCACAAUUAAGGUGUGGGAUUAUGAAACAGGAGAUUACGAGAAAACCAUGAAGGGCCACACAGACUCAGUCCAAGACAUUGCAUUUGACCACACUGGAAAAUGGCUAGUGUCUUGCUCUGCUGACAUGUCUGUCAAGCUCUGGGACUUUCAAGUCUACGGAUGUGUCAAGACAAUGCAGGGGCAUGACCACAAUGUGUCCUCUGUGACUUUUACACCCAGCGGUGACCACAUACUGUCCUGCUCUCGAGACAAAACCAUCAAGAUGUGGGAAGUUACAACUGGCUAUUGUGUCAAAACUUUCACUGGCCACAGGGAAUGGGUUAGAAUGGUGAGAAUUAACCGAGAUGGAUCGUUGAUUGCCUCUUGUUCAAAUGAUCAGACUGUACGAGUGUGGGUUGUUACUACAAAAGAGUGUAAACUGGAGCUGCGGGAACACGAUCAUGUUGUAGAGUGUAUUGCUUGGGCUCCGGAGAGUGCUACUCCAGCAAUCAGCGAGGCAGCUGGAGCUGAUAACAAGAGAGGGGCUAGAACUGGUCCAUUCUUGCUAUCCGGGUCUCGAGACAAAACGUUGAAAAUGUGGGAUAUCAGCACUGGCCUCUGUCUUUUUACCAUGAUUGGGCACGACAACUGGGUCCGAGGCCUGAAGUUUCACCCGGGAGGAAAGUAUGUCAUUAGUGCUUCUGAUGACAAGACUCUCAGAGUGUGGGACAUUAAAAAUAAACGCUGUUUCAAGACCUUGGAUGCCCAUACUCAUUUCUGUACCUCAUUAGAUUUUCACCGAAAUUCUCCUUAUGUAAUCACAGGCAGCGUAGAUCAGACAGUCAAAGUGUGGGAAUGCCGUUAAUAUUGCCUCGAAAGCUGUGAACUUCCACAUGAGAGCAUUUUUUUCUUUUUUUAGUCUCAACUCAUUAUGAAUAUUUUCUGUAAACAAUGCUUCUAUUUCGUAUUAUUUACAGAGUUUUCCCGACAUUUAAUUGUAGCUAGCCGCUAAUAAUCCCUUGUUGCUCGUAACGACUUAUUUGUUUGAGAAAUUUUACACUCUUUCUUGUUUAUCGUGUCGUACAUUCUUCUUUUUGGAGUUCUUGGCAUGUUAAGGAUUAGGAGGAGAAAUGCAGUAUUGAGGGAAAGCAGCUUUAGAAACUUCACCUGUAAGAAGUAAAGAGCUUUUGAUAUUGUAACUUUAAUAGUAAUUUUAAUUAAGGUAUUGCAACAAAAAAUACAUUGCCAAACUCUUUUGGGACACUAUCAGUAGAAUUGCUUGUCCUGUAGAGAGAGAGGUAGAAUUGCUGUGAAGGUCUGUGUUCUAAAUUGUAAAUUUUAAGUCCGCUAUAUUCUUCUCUGCAAGGAUUCCCGAUAAAGUAUCGUAAGAAGUGCCACUUCAUCAGAGAACUUAGUUGUAAACGGCAAUAUA